UCUCUUUCUACUCAUGCAUCGACAGGACAAAACACGCUCUUCCCUUAUCCUUCACACAUUCACUACUACACCCCAGAUGCGAAGUCGCCUGGUUCUCAAGGCCCAGCAUUGGCCACACCGAUCAGCCAUCACGACACAUCAUCAUGCUAAUGUUCUCCACCUCAAGACCUUUGAGCCACAUAAACUCAUCUUAUCCUGCCACUCCUUGCUUCAACCUCUAAUUGACAUCAUCGUCGUCCAUACCAUUCCUCAGUUCAGACCCAUCUUUCGCAGCCCUACCACCUUCUCGUCUUGCCCUUUCUCUCAUGCUCCAAUGGCAGCAGAACACUCGGAAAGGAGGAACUCCAAUACCCAACUGCUGGAGGAGCUAGAAACACUCAGCCAAUCACUUUACCAGUCCCAUGCCUUGGCCAAUCGCCGAACCGCCUCCCUCGCGCUCCCCAGGACAUCGGUCCCCUCGAUCCCUGCCCCCGAUGAUGUCGCCCCCGGGAAGGUCGAGGACAAGCCAGGGGCACGGCCACGGUCGAGGCGCAUGUCCCUGUCGCCCUGGCGCUCGAGACCGAAGCUUGAUGACGAUGGCGGCGAGCAGAAGGAUCAAGCCAGAGUUUCGACUCAGAGAGAGUUGAAGAAGCUGGAUGAUAAGCCGGGCUCGGUCGAGAAGAAAGGGAUUUGGAACUGGAAACCAAUUAGAGCUCUGUCGCACAUUGGUAUGCAGAAACUGAGCUGCUUAUUCUCUGUGGAAGUGGUCACUGCACAAGGCCUCCCGGCAUCAAUGAACGGUCUGCGCCUCUCGGUCUGCGUUAGGAAGAAAGAGACCAAGGAGGGAGCGGUCCACACAAUGCCCUCUCGGGUCUCACAGGGAGCUGCCGAUUUCGAAGAGACUUUGUUUGUGAAGUGUCAUGUGUACUGCACUCCUGGCAAUGCAAAGCAGUUAAAAUUUGAGCCCCGUCCGUUUUGGAUAUACAUGUUUGGGGUCGAUGCCAAAGAGCUUGAUUUCGGCAGGAGCUCGGUUGAUCUGAGCCAACUGAUUCAGGAAUCCGUGGAGAAGAAUUACGAAGGCACGCGGGUGAGGCAAUGGGACAUGAGCUUCAAUCUAUCAGGAAAGGCCAAAGGAGGCGAGCUUGUUUUGAAAUUAGGAUUCCAGAUAAUGGAAAAGGAUGGAGGAAUUGGAAUUUACAGUCAGGCCGAAGGAUCAAAAGUAGAGAAGUCAAGGAACUUCUCAUCUUUUGGCCGCGCGCAGUCGAAGACGUCUUUUAGCAUACCGAGCCCGAGGAUGCAGAGCCGUUCCGAAGCUUGGACUCCUUCCCAAGUAGGGAAGACUGAGGAAAUUCAAGGAAUGGAUGAUCUGAAUCUUGACGAGCCGGCCCCAGCUCCUUCGACUUCCUCCUCAGUGCAGAAAUCCGAAGAACCUGAAGCAAAGAUGGAAGAUCUUGAUAUGCCAGACUUCGAAGUCGUGGACAAAGGAGUUGAGAUACAGGACAAAGAAGAUACUGGGGGUGCAGAAUCUGAAGAAACCGGUGAAGAAAGAUCAGCAUCGAGCGAGGUUGUUAAGGAAGUUGUACAUGACCAGUUGCAUAUCUCCAGAUUAACCGAACUUGACUCAAUUGCUCAGCAGAUAAAAGCACUCGAAUCCAUGAUAGCAGAAGAGAAGGUGCUGAAAAUAGGGGAUGAAACAGAGACUGAGUCACAGAGAUUGGACGCCGAGGAAGAAACGGUAACGAAGGAGUUUCUUCAGAUGCUUGAGGACGAAGAACAAAACGAAUAUAAGCUGAGCUUACCAGAAAUUCCCCCGUUGCAGCUUGAGGGAGACGAUGAUGCUUCGGAGUCAGAGUCCAAAGUGUACCUCCCGGAUCUUGGAAAAGGCUUGGGCUGUGUAGUUCAAACAAGGAAUGGAGGUUACCUAGCCGCCAUGAAUCCCCUUGAUGUAGCAGUUGCAAGAAAAGACACUCCCAAGUUAGCAAUGCAGAUGUCGAAGCCAUUGGUUCUUGAAUUGCAAAAUUCAGCAAGCGGCUUUGAAUUAUUCCAGAGGAUGGUGGCCACGAGCACCGAUGAACUGAGCUCUCAAUUUAUGUCCUUAAUGCCCAUGGAUGAGCUCAUUGGAAAGACGGCCGAGCAGAUAGCCUUCGAGGGUAUAGCUGCCGCGAUCAUCCAAGGUCGGAAUAAGGAAGUUGCCACCUCCAGUGCCGCACGAACAAUUGCUGCAGUGAAGACAAUGGCUACCGCUAUGAGCACAGGAAGGAAAGAGAGAAUCUCAACAGGGCUUUGGAAUGUGAAUGAGAAUCCACUUACCGCGGAGGAGAUCCUGGCCUUCUCUAUGCAAAAGAUCGAAGCCAUGACGAUCAAUGCUCUGAAGAUUCAAGCCGAAAUGGCUGAGGAUGAAGCCCUGUUCGACGUCUCUCCGCUUUAUGGCAAUCAACAUCCCCUGACAUCUGCUGUCCCUCUCGAGGACUGGGUGAAGUCCAGUGGAUCCACGCCUUCAACAUCAAUAACACUAGCAGUAAUUGUUCAGCUGCGUGAUCCUUUGCGGCGGUAUGAGGCCGUUGGAGGCCCUGUGGUGGUGCUAAUUCACGCCAUAGAAGCAGAAGUUAAAGGUAAUAGGGAUGCCAAAGAAAGCAGAUACAAAGUGACAAGUUUACAUGUUGGAGGGUUGAUGGUGAAGACAGGAGGAAAGAAGAACAUGUGGGAUAGUGAGAAGCAGAGGCUAACAGCCAUCCAGUGGUUGGUGGCCUAUGGGUUCGGAAAGCCCGGCAAAAAGAUGAAGCACGCAUCAUCCAAGAGCCAAGAUAUGUUGUGGAGCAUCUCCUCGAGAGUAAUGGCCAAUAUGUGGCUCAAACCAAUGCGGAAUCCAGAUGUGAAGUUUGCCAAGUGAGAAUUUUGUUAUUUUUAAGGAGAGUUGUUUCCCUAGUAUCUAGGACAUGAUCCAUGUCUAGGAAGGCAAAUGUGUAUUCAUGAAGAUAAGUGGCUUGUGCAUAAGACAUUAGGAAGGUCGGUUAACUUGUCCUGCCAAAUAAGCAGCCUUACAUUUGUAUUCAGAUUAAAGAUUGAAUAAGAAUUGCCAAAUAAGAGAUUUUGACCA